UGACUCACCGGGGCGGGGAGGCCGGUCCCGCAGCGGCGCAGCCGGCACAGGCACAGCCCAGCGGCCCGCUCUCAUUGUUCCGCCACCUCCAGGCACCAUGGACGAGCUGGACCAGUCUCCUCUGGUCUCCUCCUCCUCCGGGCCAGCGCGGCCGCAGCAGCCCCAGUUUAAUUACCAGUUCGUGCUCGACGACGAGAAGGAGGAGGAAGAGGAGGAGGAGGAAGAAGAAGAGGACGAAGACUUCGACGAGCAGCUGGAGGUGAUGGAGAGGAAGCCCGCCCCAGCUCCCGCCGCAACCCUGCAGGACCGGCCGCCGCAGCUGCUGGACCUCGGCGGCCCCGCGGAGCCGCCGCGCCCCUCCGCUCCGGAGCCACCGCAGCCCGACUGGAGUCCCUUGGGAGCCGUGUCCUCCUCCUCCUCGUCCGCCACCACACCGUCCCCCGCGCAGGAGCAGCCCUCGGCCCCCGCUCAGCCACAGCCGCCCAAGCCCGAGCCCGCCGCUGCUGUCGUUCCUCGGAGAAGAGGGUCCUCCUCCGGCUCGGCUGAUGAGACCCUUUUUGCUCUUCCUGCUACAUCUGCGCCUCUGAUGCACUCCUCUGCAGAAAAAGUUCUGGACUUGCAGGAGCAGCCAGGUAGCACUAAGUCGCUUGGUCAAGAGGAUUUUACUGCAGUCCCGCUUGAUACUGCUCCUUCUCUUCCCUCCUUCUCUCCUGUCUCAGCUGAUCCCUUUAAAGAGCACUCAGCCCUUGAUACGCUCUCAGAUGGAUUACCUGCAAGAGGCACUUGCAAAGAAAAUGCAAGUGAGGUUUAUAAAGAACCUGUGGAAAAGGCAAGAAAUCCAUUUCUUUCAGAGGGAAUUGGAAAAGACAUUCAGACAUCAGAGAUGAAGUCCUCAGAACCCCCAUUUGCUAAAGCAGAAGCAGCCAUUUUAUCUCAGGCUAAAGAAGAAACACAGCUAGAGGGCCCUAAAGAAUUACCUAAUCUGGAGAAAAUGCCUGCAGAGCAGCUGAAAAUGUCUCCAGAAAGUCCUCAAGAUUUGUUUGAGAAAAACGAGGAAGAUCUCUUCUAUAACAAAGACAAAUACAGAGGUGGUGAGCAGGAUGACAAAGGGGCACAGAAAGAAGACCCUCUUAAGAGGGAAGAAUACGCGGACUUCAAACCAUUCGAGCCAAUAUGGGAGCUAAAAAGUGCUAGUCAUGGACUGAGCAGCGUGAAAGAGGAUGUUGGAAGUAAGGUAGAUGCCAAGCUAGAAAGCAGUUUAGAUGAGAAGUACGGUGUAGGUAAGCUGAAUGUGCAGAGGGAUUAUGAAAGAGACAGUGAAGGCAGCAUGGAAGAUCACUCUUUCCCAAGUACCCCUGAAGCCGUAACAGAACCUUCGCAGACUUACAUCACUUGUACUGAAUUUGAAUCCUCUAUGAGUCCUGAUGGGAACAAAGGCAAAUCUCUUUCUCCGCUAGAGGAAGGUGCUUCAGAAAAUAGAACCGAUGAUGAGAAAAAGAUUGCAGAAAUGAAAGCUCAGACGAGCACAGAACAAGGUAAUUUUAGCACUAAAGCAGUUGGCAAGCAGGAAGGCCAGGAAGCUGACUAUGCUAAACCAGAGAGUAUAUCAACAGUGCCAUCUGACACUGCAGCAAAUAUGCCUGAAGGUCUUACUCCCGAUCUAGUACAAGAAGCAUAUGAAAGUGAGAUGCAUGACGCAGCAUGUACAAAACUUGCUUAUGAAACAAAGAUUGAUUUAGUUCAAACCUCCGAGUCUGUACAAGAGACUCUGAAACCCGUGACACAACUCUGUCCCUCCUUUGAAGGCUCAGAAGCUGCUCCAUCACCAGUCUUGCCAGAUAUUGUUAUGGAAGCCCCACUAAGCACUGGGACUGCUGGUGCAGAAACAUCUGCUGUACAGCUUGAAGCUUCCCCAUUAGAAACAUUUAUUCCUACUGUUAAUUAUGAGAAUGUAAAAGAAGAGACUGAAAAGCCUCCCGUGUAUCAAGAGGCAGUGAAUGCACCACCGACACAGGCCCAAGAAACAAAAGAGGCAUUAGCAUUUAAGAAACCUGAGCAUGAGAGUAGCACCAGUCCUGAAGAUACAGAGACUCCAUAUAUCUCUAUUGCAUGUGACCUGAUUAAGGAAACAAAGGUCUCUGGUGAGCCCACUGCUCCAUCCUUUACGGAAUACUCAAAGACACCGGUGACAGAAUGCAUUCCUCAGGACGUGCCUGAAGACAAGGAGCUCGAUGAAAAGCCAUCUCCACAGUUUGGGAAAUCUGACCUGUUCAAUAGCCAGGUGAUAGCUGACUUCACAGAGAGAGCGAGUGAAGAUCCAUCUCUCAUCCUAAAGAGUAAAUCAGCUGAGAAUAUUGUAACUGAUGAGGAACACGAGGAACAGCUGGUGGAUUCAGGAGCUGCCACAGGCAAACCUUAUCUGGAGUCUUUCCGACCCGAACUGGACUCUUCCAAAACUGUGGCUGCUCUGCCCUCUGAGCCACCACCUACAAAACCAGCCAAGGUAGAGAAGAUUCCUCUUCAGAUGGAAGAGCUGAAUGCUAUGGCUUAUCCAGCUGAUGUACCUGUUGCUACACAACCAAAAACAGGAGACGACAAAGCUCUCUCACCCAUGGAGUCUUCCCCAGUCACAGUGGAAGAUGACUUUGUGAUGUUAGGUCAUCCCAAAACUCUUGAGUUUUUGGCAGAAGCCAUUGACAGAGAAGUAAUGCGCAAAGAUGCAAGUGAAGAGAUCAGUAAGGUGAUCCAAGGUGAGAAGAGGCAGUUGCCUUGUCCAGAGCUACCCUGUGACCUGUCUGUAAAGAAUGUAGACGUAAAAGCUGAGGAAGAUAUCAAUGCCUUGAAAAAGUCCUUGGAGGCUGUGGACAAAGAAGUGCCUGAAGUAUCCAAGAUGUCCUUACUGGCCACAGAUACCUCACCUUCACCUGCUGAAAAAGAGAUGGUCAGUGUAGGAAAACCAGAAGCUUUUGAGAAGGAACCUGAGCGAGAAGCUGCUUCUGUUAAAGAAAAGGAAAAACCUACUGCUAUAUUUUCAGCAAAGCUGAAUAAAUCUUCAGUUGUUGACCUCCUUUACUGGCGAGACAUUAAGAAGACAGGAGUGGUGUUUGGUGCCAGCUUGUUCCUGCUGCUCUCAUUAACAGUGUUCAGCAUCGUGAGCGUGACAGCUUACAUUGCCUUGGCCCUGCUUUCGGUGACGAUCAGCUUUAGGAUAUACAAGGGAGUUAUCCAGGCAAUCCAGAAGUCCAGUGAAGGCCACCCGUUCAGGGCUUACUUGGAGUCUGAUAUAGCUGUCUCUGAAGAGCUUAUUCAGAAGUACAGUAACGUUGUGCUUGGUCACAUUAAUGGCACAGUCAAAGAGCUGAGACGUCUCUUCCUAGUCGAUGACUUAGUUGAUUCUCUGAAGUUUGCAGUGUUGAUGUGGGUGUUCACUUAUGUUGGUGCCUUGUUUAAUGGUCUGACAUUGCUGAUUCUGGCUUUGAUCUCGCUCUUCAGUGUUCCUGUUAUUUAUGAGAGACAUCAGGCCCAAAUUGACCAUUAUUUGGGACUCGUCAACAAGAAUGUCAAAGAUGCCAUGGCUAAGAUCCAAGCAAAGAUCCCUGGGUUGAAGCGCAAAACUGAGUAAAAAGCCUGAAGCAGCGUGCCGAUAGGAAGUUCAUCUUUUAAGGGGGAAAAAAAACUACUCAUUUGGAUUGACACGGGGAGGGUCAGGGAAUAGCGAACCCCUUGACAUUGCAGUGCAAUUUCACAGAUCUUUAUUUUUUAGCAACGCAGUGUUUGAGGAAAACAAAAAUAACUGUUUUGACUGCCAUGUGUUUUCAUCAUCCUAAGUAUCGUUAAGCUGCUAUGUAUGGAUCUAACCUAAUCAUCUUCCUCUAUCCUGUGUGCAGCAGCACUGGCUAACCCAAGAGUUGAAAGCUGUACAUUUUGCUUCGUCAGCGGUAGUCCCUGCGGCGUUCCCGGCUGGGGCGGGUGGAGCGGAGGCACUGCAGUGUGUGCACGGUGUAUGGUCUGUGUAGGUUGAUGCCCAUUUUCUAAACUGAGAUGUUUUAGAAGAAUUAUACCAUUUGAGCAAGUUUUGAAAGCAAAUCUUGCCUUUUUGGUAUGAGUAUAGCUGUAUUGUGAUUUUACUGUUUUAUCAAUUGCCAAUAUAUAUAUAUAUAUAUAUAUGUGUUUCACAAAGCUUAGAUCUUUCAGCUGCUCCACAGUGCUUUGUACUUCAGAGAAUUGACUGGUGGCUGGACUAGCUCUGCAGCACACAAGCUUGGACCCCAAACUGUCUGUGUAAACACUAGCAUCUGGUUAAAACAAGCAGCGAGAGGGGGAUGAAGGAAGGAACCUCCACAUACACCUAAAGCAAGAGACAAGCAUACACUUUGUGACACAAACGUACAGUAGUUGAUUCUGAUCUCUCAAACUCUCAUAAUCUGUGGACCGAGUAUCUAAUGCUGCAAAUGUUGUUGGGAACCCUAAAACCUUGUUAUGCAAGAAAUAAGGGAGAAUUCCUCCACUUGCAGGUUAAGCUGUAUUGAACCAAGUCUGUGGAAUGCAUUGUGAAAUGUAAAAAAAAAAACCACCCAACAAAAAGGCAAAAAAAAACCCCAACCAACCCAAACCCCAAGUAUCAAUAAAGCUUCUAGACAGAA